GUGUGGGAAUCAAAGCUGGAGAGCGGAGCUCAGAGGAAGCUGGGCCACCACUCCCCAACCUAAAGCCUCCCCGCCAAAGGGGCGGGGAGGUAAGGCAUUCUUCGGGCAGCGCAGAACAGCGCCCCCCACCAAGCCCAGGUCUGCACGACCCUCUUCCGAGGAGACGGAGUGACGCUGAACGAAGUCCUCGCUUGGCACUGGGAGGGGGGGCGGCUCUCCUUCGGGCCAUUGCGCGCGCCUGCCCGCCUGCGCGGUCUCUCCAUUUCUACAUCUCCCACUCUGCCUCUUUCCCUGCAUCUUUAGGGUCGGUUCCAGCAGGGGCUCCCGUGUGGUCGGGAAGUGACCUCCCUGCUGUCGUCGCCGUUUUCCAACCCGGGUGGAGAGCUUGCAUCCCAGCGGCACCCCCCCACCUGCCUCCCUGCCUGCCUCUCCUUCUCCAGCGGCGGCAGCAUCGCUUCCCAACCAGCCGCGUACCCCGCCUCCCUUCCCUUCCUGCCUGCCCGCCUUCCUGCCUGCUCCCGCCCGUGCGCCUUUUAUUUUGCAGGGCGCAGAGCCCCCAGCCCAUGUGCUCGCCCAGCGCUCCCCUGCGGCGCGCCUCGCCUUCAGCCCGGGCCAACAGGCACGAUGUCAACCACGUCGCACGACCCCUUCUACUCCUCGCCCUUCGGUCCCUUCUACCGACGCCACACGUCCUACAUGGUGCAGCCCGAGUACCGAAUCUACGAGAUGAACAAGCGGCUGCAGGUUCGCUCCGAGGACAGUGACAACUUGUGGUGGGAUGCCUUUGCAACAGAGUUUUUUGAAGAUGAUGCAACCGUAACACUUUCCUUUUGUUUGGAAGAUGGACCAAAGCGAUACACCAUUGGAAGGACCCUCAUCCCUCGUUAUUUUAGCACUAUCUUUGAAGGAGGAGUGACAGACCUGUAUUACAUCCUCAAGCACUCAAAAGAAUCCUAUCAUAGCUCCUCCAUCACAGUGGAUUGUGAUCAGUGCACCAUGGUCAGCCAACAUGGAAAACCUAUGUUUACAAAGGUAUGCACAGAAGGACGUCUGAUCUUGGAAUUUACUUUUGAUGACCUUAUGAGAAUAAAAACAUGGCACUUUACAAUUAGACAAUACAGAGAACUUGUCCCUCGCAGUAUUUUAGCCAUGCAUGCACAAGACCCUCAGAUUUUGGAGCAGUUGUCCAAAAACAUCACUCGCAUGGGUCUGACUAACUUCACCCUCAACUACCUCAGGUUGUGUGUAAUAUUGGAACCAAUGCAAGAACUUAUGUCAAGGCAUAAAACGUAUAAUUUAAGUCCUCGGGACUGCUUGAAAACAUGUUUGUUUCAAAAAUGGCAGCGGAUGGUGGCACCUCCAGCAGAGCCUGCAAGACAGCCCAGCACCAAACGGAGAAAAAGGAAAAAUUCCACCAGCAGUACCUCCAACAGCAGUGUCGGGAAUAACAUCAACAGCACCAACAGCAAGAAGAAAGCCUCAGCAGUGAACUUGAGCCUUGCCAGUCAGGUACCUGAUGUGAUGGUUGUUGGGGAACCCACUCUGAUGGGUGGAGAAUUUGGUGAUGAAGACGAGCGGCUGAUCACUAGACUGGAGAACAUGCAAUAUGAUGCAGCCAAUGGUCUGGAUGAUGAUGAAGACUUCAACAAUUCCCCUGCCCUAGGUAAUAACAGUCCUUGGAACAAUAAAACUUCUACCAACCAGGAGACCAAGUCUGAGAACCCCACAACCCAGGCUUCCCAGUAGAGCUCCAUACCCAUCCCCUGCUCGGCUGGUAACAGCAACUAACCCUCAUCUCACAGCAUUCCAUAGGUAAGCAGAACAAAAACCUCUAGAUUUUCCACAAAGAUAGAAGCUAUUUAUAGAUGUACAGCUUUUUUGAAAUUAGAAAAAAAAAUUGUAAGCACCCAGGGGAUAAUCUUGGAAACUCGUGGCACUGACCUCAGUGAAACUAAAUAUGUAAGUAGCACCUCAUGAUGAUUUUUCACAUUUCAAUGGAGGAUUUUUCCCCAGAAUAAUCCCUUUUUAUUCUAUAAAGGCCAUAUCUUCUGUCAGUGCUCAGGAUCAAAUGACUUUUUUUUACCAUGAUAAAGGACAUCCUGGCUUUUCUUAUUCUACAAUAUAAAUGGGAAGAGCAGACAAUUUGGAAACAAUUUUCUGUCUAUGCCAUUGAUUUUUCUGGUGAUCCAUUUGAGAAGGCAAGAGGCAGAAGAGGAGAAGAUUUUUUUUUUAUCAGGCUCCAGAAAGAGCUUAUUGUUAUUAUUUAAAAAACACAGUAGCAAAGCUUUAUCAUUUAGUCUACAUAUUCUGGGCUGAAACCUUUCCCCAUUUGAAUCAGCAAAUGAGGACCAGAAGAUCUGAGGCCACAUGGUGGAGAAUGCUACUGUAAUGUUUGAAAUUAAAAUAUUUUCUCAGAGAAGCAAAUCAAGCUUUCUGGGACAGCAAUGAUUCAGCCAUUAUAAUGUCAGCUUUAUUAAAUAUCCAACCAUCCUAAUGUUGCUAGUUACAAAAUACAGCCUUGAUAUUUCAAAUGAUAAGCCUUUAAGCUGUUGCAAUAAGAUGAUAACACUACCCCAAUAUCUUUUUUUUAUGGCUCUGAUCCAUAGCAGAGCAGGCAUGUUGCCACUCUGAAACCUGAAAACUCCAGUCCCAAAGAUGAUUGGUAAAACUUUAGGUUUCUUGAAAGGGUGUGUGUGUGAGCAUGCAUAUCUAGCUAUGUGACUGGCUAAGAAUAAUUGUGAGAUCAAAGUUACACAUGUUUAAUUCUCCUGAAGUCUUUCUUAACAUCUCCAUAAUUUUCUCUUUUCUGGCACAGGUUGACCAUCUCUUUUGCCUUUUUUCACUCCCAUUUCUAUUCUUCAUUGCUUUCAGGCAAACAAUGUAACAGAUUCCAAAUCAAAGUUUUCCAAACCUUUGUGAAAAGCACUGAAACAAUUAUAAAUGCCGUUUUGUUUCAUCAAAGAUGUAGCAAAUAUUUUUAUGUGGAAGGAGGGUAGCUGUACCCCAUGAAUGUUUAUGCUUUGUAAAAUUGCUGUUGAUCUGAAUUUUGAAAGCCAUGUAAUCCAUCAAUUUUGUGAACAAUUUGAACAAAAACCAAUUUGGGUUCUUAUUGCAUAUUGUUUAUUUGGUUCUUUUCAUGCUUUAUUUCUUGUAUAAUAAUAUUUUUUGUAAAGUUUUUCAAAUUAAUUAAUUUUGAUUAUAAUGUAUUUAUGUGAAACUUUAUAAAAUAAACUAUUUUUUUCAUUUAGAUAUUUUCAAUUCAUCAUGUAAAAAACACAGUGAGUUGAUGUGUUGUGUUACAGCUGUAUUUUAUGUUUGCUUUGCCAA